UUCUCCUAUGCUAGCCUAUAGCCAAGGUAGCCUAAAAUAUGUGUCCACAUAAAUCAAUGGAUAGGAUAUGACAACGAAGAGUGCGUAACAUGAUCACGGAGUCUUGGAUACAGCAUCUUCAAGUAGUAGCCUACAAUAUUUGAAACAAACUAUACCGCGCGAUGUAUGAGGACGUUUCAGGACCCAUCCCAUUGUAGUCGGAGCUGCAGUCACUUGCCUCAUAAGGAUAACGUCUGACGUUUCUCGAGUAACCUCCAGCCUACAUGCAUGUUUGUGGUGCUGAAUUUAAACAGAAAUUGUAAUUUGUUCGGAUCAGAAUGAAACAUUUUGAAUGGCUCGUUUCCACUUAAAAUCCAAGUACGAGGGACGUUAGUAUGCAGCACCGUCUGUGAAGUUCGGACAACCAACAAGGGAUAUGUAACCGACAUAUGACAUGUUUUUUGUUUGUUGCAAACCUGCCUUGUUUUAAAUGAUCUGCGUUGAUGAAUAUGAAUGCCGUAUCCAUAAAACACUAAGGUAGGCUACAUGUUUAGACCAGAAUACGCUUUUUGAUAGAUCUUGUCCAUCAACAUGUGGCACUUUGAAGGUCCGUAGACAUUACUAUGAUGAAUCAAGAAGCAACUACUGAAAGGAUAAUGUGUAAUAAUUCACACUAAUAUGAAAACACCUUAUUGUUAUAAUGGAUGAGAAAUCCAAUAAGCUGAUCUUAGUUCCUAUUUUAGCUGUUCUUUUUGUAAUGAUAGGCUAUCAAUAUAUCUGUCCAGCUGGCAGCAAUUCUUGCCACUUUAAUACUGGGGAAAAAUUGAGAGGGGCCAGUCUACUUUCUACCCAAUAUCGGACAACCGAAGACUUUUACACAGAACUGGAGGAUGACAGCCCACCGAAAUUGCCGUCAAAAUUCAACUUUACUGAACGAGACCUUCAGCGGCACGUGGAUUUCAAUAUCAAAGGAGACGAUGUGAUAGUGUUUUUACACAUUCAAAAGACUGGUGGAACCACGUUUGGAAGGCACUUAGUUAGGAAUAUUCGUUUGGAGCAGCCAUGCGACUGUAAGUCAGGGCAGAAGAAAUGUACAUGCCACCGACCAGGCAAAGACGAGUCCUGGCUGUUCUCUCGGUUCUCUACGGGCUGGAGCUGUGGUUUGCAUGCCGACUGGACAGAGCUCACCAACUGUGUACCUGUCAUAAUGGACAAGAAGAAAGCUCAAAAGAACAAAAGGAACUUCUACUACAUAACCAUGCUGCGUGACCCCGUCUCCCGCUACCUGAGCGAAUGGAAGCACGUGCAGCGCGGCGCCACCUGGAAGACCUCCCUGCACAUGUGUGACGGGCGCUCGCCUACGCAGGACGAACUGCCCACCUGCUACAGCGGGGACGACUGGUUGGGCGUCACCCUGACCGAGUUCAUGGACUGCCCGUCUAACCUGGCCAACAACCGGCAGGUGCGCAUGCUGGCCGACCUCAGCCUGGUGGGCUGCUACAACCUGUUAUCCAUGAACGAGAGUGAGCGCAACCACAUCCUGCUGGGCAGCGCCAUGAACAACCUGAAGAACAUGGCCUUCUACGGCCUGACCGAGUUCCAGCGCAAGACGCAGUACCUGUUUGAGCGGACGUUCAGCCUGCGCUUCAUCUCCGCCUUCACGCAGAUCAACAGCACGCGCGCCGCCAACGUGGACCUGAGCGAGGCUGUGCGCCGCCGUAUCGAGGAGCUAAACUACCUGGACGUGCAGCUGUACGAGUACGCCAAGGACCUGUUCCUCCAGCGCUUCCAAUAUACCCGCCAGCGGCAGCACCAGGAGGAGCGCUUGAAGAGGCGUGAGGAGCGCCGUUGGCUGCGGGAGCAGAGGGAGCAGAGCAGGGACUCUCUCCCCAAACGACAGGUGGGUGGGGGAGGGGGCGGAGACGAGCUGGCCACCACCACCGAAGACUACACCAGCCAGGUGGCUCGCUGGUGAGGUCCCACUCCUGACCACCCAGAGAUAGGCACAGAACAGUCAGUCUCACAUGGUACUCUGUCUCUCUCUCUCUCUCUCUCUCUCUCUCUCUCUCUCUCUCUCUGUCUCUCUGUCUGUCUCUCUCUCUCUCAUUCUAUCGCUCUCAUUCUCUCUCUCCCUCCCUCUCUCUCUCUCUCUCUCUCUCUAUCUCCUCUCUUUCUCUCUCUCUCCCCCCUCUGUCUACUCUCUCCCCCCUCUCUCUCUCUAUUUCUGUCUACUAUCUCUCUCUCCCCAUCUCUCCUCUCUCUCACUCUCCCCCCUCUCUCUGUUUCUGUCUACUAUCUCUAUAUAUCUCUCUUUCUCAGUUUCAGCUCUGCUAAAGUUUCUUGGUUUGUUUUGGUGCUCCUGCACUUUCCUGCCUAUCAGUCAUAGUUAGCUAUAAUCAUGCAGGUUGUGAUAACUCUUAAAGAGAACACAAUCAAAAGGCGCUGCUUAUAAUUACUUUUUUAAUUGCAAUUUAGUGAGAGUUUACAUGCACACUAAUAAUACGACCUUAAACAGAUUAUGGCAGUAAGCAGACUCUGCAAUUGUCAUCUAAACACCUUACUCUGUGAUCAUUUUCGGCCCUCGUGCUCACGACGUCACACUCUGUGGUUUUCCAUGGUGGCGGAGCCCACGCCAACAGCACUGUUGGAUCAGCUAAUCUGAUGUGUUGUUCUGUUAUGAGCAUUCCAACUAUCCAAUGACAAUAUUUUCAUUAAAAUAUGAAUUUUUGGUCCAUUAACCUUAACCUGUGAGUGGAAUUGUUUAUGUUGUUUACGUUAAUUUGUAUCCAGUUCAUUGAUUUACUGUAAUGUAAUACUAAUCCAUGUUCCAAAUUAGGCGCUUGGACUAAAAAGCCUGCUAAAUUAAUCAUUUCUAUUGAAAGUGCUUUUGUGACCAAGAAUACGCAGCAUCUGGUUCCGGGAAAACUAGUCCUUUGCGUUUUAAGUAAUUGUUCGAGCUAAUAAAUUAUUAUAAUGGUGUGUGUGUGUGUGUGUGUGUGUGUGUGUGUGUGUGUGUGCGCUCGUGUAUGUGUGUGUUUUUGUCAUCAUUGUAUAUUGGUCACAAUGCCAUUGAGCCAACACACCCACUAUGUUAAUACAUUACCUCAUAAUUUUCAAAUCAACAUUAUGGAUACAAUACCAUGAGUGUUUUUUCACUUUUCUUUCAAAAGGAUGGAAUGUGCUGUGAAAAAAUCGCCCUGACAAAAACAAUAUCUUAUUUUCAUGUAGUUGUUAUCUGCUCAAACUUACAGUAGUGUGAUGUAUAUAUUGAUGCAAAGUCUGGAAAGUCUGAAAUGAAUAUUUCAAAAGCUAUGAUCUCUGUGUAAAUGAAGUGAUGAAAGUGGACCUAAAAAGGUCAUGUCACACUAGAUAUUGUACUGCCAUUCCCUAAUCCCUGUGAUAGGCCAUGUUGUGAUUGAGUGAUUUGAAUAAACUUCAACUGUCAUUCUACUUAAGUGUACAUCUUUGAAUAACAGAUAAUCUUACAUUUAUGUAUUGCAAAAGAGGUUUUGUCUUCAAGGAAAAGGCUUCUAUAUCAUCACUCUGGGUGGUGGUGUUUAAGGUUAACUUUCUAAAUGUAUGAAUCUGUAUGUUCCUGGUCAAAUGAUUGUGUUUGAAAAGGGCGGUCUCCAUUCCAUUUGACGUGUCAUACUUCAUCUGCAUUUUUCUUGUCAGGUCUACAAAGCUGGGUGAAUACUACUUCAGAUAUUAGAAAUGAAUGCCUUGAUCAACCAUGGCCAACCUCUGACUGGAAUCACUUGUAUAAAACCAGAUUGAUUAGAAAUGUUAUUGAAGGACUUUUAACCGCAUGCAGACAUGAGAUCUCAAUAUUUAAAUGUAAUUCCAGUUACAAGCACUAGGUUCGGCCAUGUUAGUAAACAGCCCAAAUAAA